AUCCAACGGUCACGAACUUGCUAGCUCCCUUAUCUAUGGAGUUUAGAAGAAAGCAGCCUCAGAAGGAAAAGAGAGAUGCUGAUUCUUCGUCAAUUUCAGAUAUCUUCAUUUGAGCUCUUCCAAUCUCCAAAACAAACAGGGUUUUACUCUAGUUCAAGGAGUGUUCCUCUACCCAGAACUAGAUUUUACUCCGAUUUCAGAGUUAUGAGUGGCAAUAAAGGAACGAACUAUGAAAAACUUUAUCUGGGUAUGGAUUUUGGUACUUCUGGAGGUCGAUUUACAGUUAUUGAUGAGCAAGGAGAGAUUAAAGCACAAGGCAAAAGAGAAUAUCCUCCUUUCAUGAUAGAAAGAAGAAAGCAUGGGUUGGGCAAGCUCAUGGAAAGCAACUCUUUUUUCGUUGCUAGAGGACAUUCCCGUCACAGUUCGCUCCCUCGUCUCAUCCAUUUCGCUUGAUGGAACUUCUGCAACUACUCUCAUCUUAAACAGUGAGAGUGGAGAAGUUCUGUGUCAACCUUAUCUCUACAACCAGAGCUGCCCUGAUGCUCUGCCAGAGGUCAAGUCUAUAGCGCCAGCAAACCAUACAGUCUGCUCUGGUACUUCUACCUUGUGCAAACUUGUCUCAUGGUGGAACACUGAGGUGCCAAACAGAGAAUCAGCGGUAUUGCUGCAUCAGGCAGACUGGUUGUUGUGGUUACUUCACGGUAGACUCGGAGUGUCAGAUUACAACAAUGCCUUGAAGGUGGGCUAUGAUCCUGAGAGUGAAUCAUAUCCAUCAUGGUUGCUAGGUCAGCCUUAUUCUCAGUUAUUACCUAAGGUGCAAGCUCCUGGAACAUCAAUAGGCAAUCUGAAAGAAAGCUUUACAAGGCAAUUUGGAUUUCCAGAUGAUUGCAUUGUCUGCACCGGUACUACUGAUAGCAUAGCUGCAUUUCUUGCAGCACGCGCGACUGAACCUGGGAAAGCAGUAACUUCAUUGGGUUCGACCUUAGCCAUCAAACUUCUCAGCACCAAAAGAGUUGAUGAUGCGAGGUAUGGAGUCUACAGCCACCGCCUGGAUGACAAAUGGUUGGUCGGAGGAGCUUCCAACACUGGUGGAGCCAUUCUCAGACAGCUCUUUAGUGACGAACAGUUAGAGAGACUGAGCCAAGAAAUCAAUCCUAUGGUCGGAUCUCCUCUAGAUUACUAUCCUUUGCAAAGCAGCGGUGAAAGAUUUCCCAUUGCUGAUCCUAACUUGGCUCCCAGAUUACUUCCACGCCCAGAAAGCGACGUUGAAUUCUUGCAUGGUAUAUUGGAAUCAAUCGCACGUAUUGAGGUAUGAACAACUAUUUCCAAGCUGUUGCUACUGAGUUUCACAUGACUCAUGGAAACAGUCAGAAGAAAAUGAUUUUUAUAAAACUCAACAUCUGAGCAGGUCUCUUACUUUAUAUCAACUUUAUAUUUCUAAGUCCAUGCUCUUCAAGAAUCACAAGUGUCAGGCUUAAUAUAGUUUUUGUUUAGUUACCAAUAACGAUCAAGUAAGUUUGGUUUGAACAUGAGAAGUAACUAAGAGUGACUCAUGAUGGUGUUGAAUGGUAACACUAUCAGGGGAAAGGCUACAAGUUGCUGAAAGAGUUGGGAGCAACGGAGGCCGAGGAAGUGUUGACAGCAGGAGGUGGAGCCAAGAAUGACAAGUGGAUAAAGAUAAGGCAGCGAGUUUUGGGUUUGCCUGUGAAAAAAGCCGUCCACACUGAAGCUUCCUAUGGAGCUUCUCUUCUUGCGCUAAAGGGCGCAAAACAGAACAGUGGUUUGUGAAGCAGAACACAUUUUCAAGACCAGAGCAUGUGAACACAUUUUCUUGUUAGACAAAUGAUUAUGUUGUUGUAUGAAUGUACUGAUUAUGUUAUGGAACAACAUUUUUGUGAAUCAUGCGUGUCGAUUUCAAC